GGAUUUCAAAUUGCACCAGCAGAAUUAGAAGCAAUUUUACUUUCACAUCAUUUAAUAUCUGAUGCCGCGGUAAUAGGUGUAUAUUCUGAACAAGAGGAAACUGAAUACCCAGUUGCUUACGUUGUAAUUCAACAAAAUGUCCAACAAACUAGCGAAUUAUCCGAAGAAAUUAAAAAAUUUGUUGACAAUCAAGUUGCUCCUCAUAAAAAAUUAAGAGGCGGUAUAAUUUAUACUGAUCAAAUACCAAAAAGUGCAUCUGGUAAAAUUUUAAGAAGAAUUUUAAGAGAAAAGGCAAAAUCUGAAUUUGCUACAUCCCAUCGCUAG